UCUACCAGCAAGGAAGAGGGCUGCGGGCUCCCAGGGGUAGCCUCUGGCGGGGUCAACAGCAUCUUCUGCCUCUCAGGUGCCGCAAACCUCGUCCAAAGUCCGGGAUGGAUAACAGCGUGUGGGUGGGCUCUUGGCGGCCCCACCGACCACGGGGCCCCAUUGCAGCACUCUACAGUGGUCCUGGGCCCAAGUACCAGCUGCCCCCUAGCACCGGUUAUAAGAUGCACGACCCAUCCCGUUUCCGGGCACCUGCCUACACAUUCGGCACCAAGAUCCCCGCACACCACGUGACGUAUGGCCCCGGCCCUGGGCACCUCAUCCCGCAGCGCAUGACAGUUCGGGGCCCCGACGGCGGGCCUGCCUUCUCCAUCUACGGGCGGCCCCGAGAUUGCCGCCUGUUCCGCACUCCGGGCCCUGGUCGCUACUUUCCAGAGCGAGCCACCCAUCUCACAUUCCCCAAAGCCCCCAGGCAUUCUAUGGCCGGCCGUAUCAAAGACUUUCAGGAGGACCGGACCCCCGGCCCCGCGGCCUACACCGUUCCCUCGCUCUUGGGCUGCCGUCUGAUCGACAAGGUUUCGGCUCCCACUUACUCCAUCUGUGGCCGACGUACUAUAGGCGGUUUCUGCCAAGACCUGAGCAAGACCCCGGGCCCCUGUGCUUAUCACGAGGUGAGUCCUGGCGUGUACAAGACCAGGGCUCCACAGUAUACGAUGCAGCCCCGCACCUCGCUGCCGCAAGACAACUCCGCGAAUCCUGGUCCAGCGGCCUACCAUCCUCAAAAGAUCCUGGGCAGCAGUGCCCCGACCGCCCUUGCAGCUGGAGCCUGAGCCUGUCUGUCUGUCUGUGUGCCUGUGGCCCGGUGCGGGAAUAAACCUCCAUCUCUAAGCGCUGCUCCUUCGUCCUCUCGCUCUGAGCUAGCAGACACUCUUACCAGCCCCAGCGCCCACCAGGCCCGCGAGGGGCAAGAUACUCCAACUGCCUCUCUGGUUCCAUUUCGGGCCCCUGGGGCCUCAAGCCCUGGCCCACCCACAAGCAAUCGCCCCUGCAAACUGGAGAGUCCCAUUAAAAAGUCCUGAGUCUAGCAGAGGGCAGGGCGGGGCGGGGAGGAAAAACCUUUCCUAUGCUCUGCUUUCCCCACUGUGUCCCUCAGUCCCCACCCUGGCCCAGACUGGCCUUUGAGUUUAAUUGUUUGAGAAGUUGGCCAUGUAAACGGCCCUGUUUAGCUUAAAGACUGUUGGACCAGACGGCAGGGGGUAGGAGGGGGAGGCGGAAGGGUUCCACCUGCGAAAUGACUUGAGAGAUUUGUUUUUGCGGCUUCCAUCACGCCUCUGACGCUCCUUAUGUGAUUCUCUUACCUCGGUUUCCAUCUUGGUAAAAUGGAGAUAAUAACACAGGCUCUAUCUCCACCACUGUGAGCAGUGUUUCUCAAAUCCGGGAGCUCUAUAUACAUGUUGCUAUACUUGUCCUUAGGGUCUUUUAAUGCCCUGGAGCUAGACCCCACUUCUAAGAUCUUGAACAUCUGGGUGCCUGCUCUUUGCCUAACACUGUGCCAGGGGAUACAAGGGCCUUGUGAGACAACUCUCACCUACAAAAAGUUUACAGUCUUCUGUUCAGGAAGAGCGCUACUUAGCCCACAUCAGCAGGCUAGUUAGGGAAUAGUACAAGGCAGUCCUUUUGGGCUGAGGGCCAAUCCAGAGAGCCCCACUGUGGGAGGGCAGAGUACCCAGGACUGGACCCUCUCUGAGCCUCCAGCCACAACCCCCCACCCCCAACCCCACUGUGCUGGCUCUGCUAGCACAAGCAGCCUGCUGGUAGGGCACAAAAUCACCUUCAGACCUGGUACAUCAAUGAUGCUGAUGAUUCACGGGAAAGCCAGGCGCCUCUGGAAAGAGGGCUGGGCUGCACACAGCUUGUCCACUUUCCCUCAAGUUCCCUGGAAAUGAGUGAAGCUUGGUUUCAGCAUUCAGUUCUCACCAGGACCCAGACCCAGCAGUACAGUUUGGCAGAGGGUGCACUAAGCUCUGACUCAGAAGUCUUGGGUUCAAAUUCAAGUUCUCCUGCUUACUAACUGUAUAGCCCCAGCUAAAUCAUUUCCUGUCUCUGGAUCCCAAUUUUCUUUGUAAAUGACUGCAGAAUGGGGCAAACCACGGAUUCAUGCUGAUUAAGCCUUUUAUCAAGGACUUGGAUAAAGGAAUGUUUAACCAAUCUGGGAGUUAUACAAAGCUGGGAAGGAAGAGGAAUGCAUUGGAUGAGAGGGUGUUAGGCUUUUACCCUAACAGGCUUCCUUGACCUGCUAGCGCAUGGGACUGAGCCUAGUGAUCUUUUUUCUAAUUAUUAUCUUUCUUCAUGAAAAUAAAUGUAAAGUCUUACAUUUGCAUUGAAAAAAAUCUAUUUGAACACAAUAUGCCAGAGGUUGUCUGACUACGGGAAAGGACAGAGAGA